AUGACGCGGGGCGGGUCAGGGUACCAGCGCAGCAGCAUGGAACGGUCGAUGCUAGGGGAGAGCCUCCGUGAGCGCAUGUGCCCGGCGCUUAUGGUGCUCUCCACCGCCGCCGCUGAGGCUGCUUGCCAGAAGAACGCGCUGAGCUUCGUCGACCUGCUCCGCCCGCACUGCGAGUUCUCCAACCUCAACGUGCCCGUGCGCACGGCGGGCGAGCAUUCUUACCGCCUGCACGACUUUCGCGUGCGAGUAUUCUAUGCUAGCGAAAUCCAACAACCGUCUCAAGAGGCAGCAGAAGAUUUCUGUGUGCGCUUUGUGACAAACGCGAGUGAGGCAGCAGACGCAGAGCUGAUGGGGGCAGACCCAAGCGACCUCAACUCCAUCAUUGGCAUGGCCAAUGCGGAGAACCGGACUUGUUGGUUUCAGCGUUUUACCGACGAGUUCAUGCGCACGCUCGUCUUUUCUGACCACGAGACCUUUGAUCAUCCCAUUGCGUGUCUGCUGGUCGCCUCCACGUCAGAGCCCUUCCCUGUGCGCGCCUUGCGUGAGCUCAUGACUCCCGAGCGCCUGCCCGCGCUCUACCGUGACGGCACCAUGGACCCCAAGCUGCACCUGCACUACCUCCUCCUGCACGACUGCUCCUCCCUCGGCCCUCCCUCCGCCUCCUCUCAAGUCGAGCUCACUAUAGCUGAGAUGCGUGCUGCUUUUGGCAGCCCUGUCUGCCGCUUGUUGCCUAUCAACUCUGCCGCUGCUCCCAGCCAGUCGCGGCCUGACAUCUGGACCAAGCACCGCCCUGUCCCCGUUGGAGGGGUCGCACCGCCUCCUCCUGCCGGCACUGCGUUGCCACAGAGCCCCUCAGGUCCGCCGGUGUCAGGGGCGGUGGGGCAGUAUAUGAGUGAGGCGGACGUGAGGGAGGUGGCGGACAUGAUGAUGGAGCUCAGUGUGAAGCACCUCGUACCUCACCUCGAGCGAAAGGCGCGAGACCUCAACCAGCAGAUCUCAGCCAGUCGUCGUGGGCUACGCAACCAGAUCAAGAACUUGUGGUUUGGCAAGGGGAAGGAAGAUUCGGCAGACGCCACACCCGGCGUCCAGUGUACUAAACUCAUCGAUCUUUCCCCUUCUCUCACCCUUCACCAUCCUCUCAGCUACACCUACCGCUCGCCUGAGUCUCAGAUCCGCCAGCUGGCGGACGCAGCCAUGAUGCUGCAGGACUUCCAGCUUGCGCUGGACAACUACCGGCUCGUGGCGGCAGACUACCGCAGAGACAAGGCGUGGAAGCACUACGCUGGGGCGCAGCGCUGUGGUCCACUGGGAGCCCGCUUUGCCCUCAGAACAGUCUUCUGGAUGAUUGGGAUGUUUAAGGCUAAGGGAAACUUCCGAGAUGCUGCACUCACCCUCAUGCGUGCAUCUUUGGAGCUCUUCUUUCUUCCUUCCCUUUCUCCUCUCCACUUGCCCAUGCCCAUGCCUUCCCCCCGCCAUCUUCCCCCUCCACAAACCACACUUCCCCUCUCUCUCCCCCCAUUGCAGGAGAGUGGAGUGAAGGCAGCAGUGUUGUUGGAGCAGGCAGCGGUCUGCUUUGUGCGAGUGACGCCUCCCAUGCUGCGCAAGUACGGCUUCCACAUGGUGCUCGCAGGCAACCGAUACAACCUCGCCUCCCAGCGAAAGCAUGCCAUGCGGGCGUAUAAGUGUGUGGAGGGCGUGUAUCGUGACAAGGGCUGGAACUUCAUCCUAGACCACUGCAACUUCACACUUGGCAGGCUUUCAGCAUACCUCGGCAGCUACAACGGGGCGGUGGUGUAUUUUGUCCGCUUGCUGGCAUGCGCCCACCAGUCUGCCGCCAUGCAAGCCACCUUCCUGCGAGAGUUCCUCUAUGUGGUGCAGGUAGGUGAUCAGGGCGGGGUGUUGGCAGAUGCAGCAGUGCAGUCAAAGGACAAGCAGGGAGCGUUGGAGCUGCCGCUGCCACACGUCAACACACAGAAGGUGUACGUCCACUUUGAAGACCACCGCAUCUUCGCAUCCCCUGCCUCUGAGGAGCUCCCAGAGUCAUUUUGGUCGGCACUGGAGGAGGGGGUGGUGCCGCCAGCAGCAGCCAUGGUGGUGCCCACGUGGCUGGACGCGCCCUCCAAGACACGCGCAGGGGCGCAUGACACCAUCGCCACCAACACCUGUGUCGCUGGGGCAGUGCCUUCCGCGUCGCCCUCUGCUGCUGGUGACCUUGCUUCUGAUGCUUCCACCUCUAGCCACAGCCGGCCCACAUCACCAAAUGCUGCUGCUAAGGAUGGAUCAGGGCUGGUGCGUGCAGCAAGCUCUCCCGUUCUGGAUCAAGCAGAGAGCUCAGAGUCACUAUGGGAGAGCUCUGGGCGUGACGACGGGAGCGCAUCUCGAAAGAGUCAAUCCCAAAGCGACCUUGCGGCAGACGACCCUGCUCUCUUCCUGCACCCUCUCGCUGAUACCACCACCAAUGAUGAGGGCCGAGGCAAGGGUAGUGAGGAUGAUGGGAAGCGUGCUCUUGCCAAGGGAACAGAAGGAAGCAAUCUGCAGCAGCAGGGCAGUGGAGCUGCUAACCAGUCAGCACUAACUGGAGGAGCAGAUGGAAGGGGGAGCAAGAAGGCAGGAAAGGUAGAAGCGGGGAAGGAGGAGAAGGGCAAGGAGGGCAACAUGCAGAGUGCCAGUGCAGCUGCGGCUAUUGCUGGUAGCGGAUUGACAGAGCCGUAUGUGGCUGAGAAGACUGCCUUUGCCUUGAAGCCGGGUGAACGUGUCACAGUGCGUCUGAAGGUGCGGUCAUGCCGUGUGGGCGUGCUGCACAUAUUCGGUGUGGAGUGGGCCAUCAGCAGCGAGGGCCGCACGGCCGUCAGCCGCUCGCUCUUUGACAUCAAGGCGCCUCCCAAGCGCAAGGGCAAGCCGUCACGCCAACUGCCCACCCACCAGCGCCUGCACUUCCAUGUCAUUCCGCCUUCUCCUGCUUUGCUGGGGUGUUCUUUUGAAGUGUUGGUGCGGUUGUGGAUUUCUCCUGCGACCUACAUGAAUGAAGCCUGCACUUCUAUUCACUUCCAUUCCCUCUCAUGCUCAUGCAAGCAGGAGAUGCCACGAGUUCAGGCGGAGCUAGAGGGUUUGCCAGAGGAGGCAGUGGAGGGGCAGCUUUACCGCUUGCAACUCAAGCUCACCAACACAUCACAUGUGCCGCUUAAGCGCCUAAAGCUGCGGACAUCCCACCCAGCCUGCCUGCUGCUGGGCGACCCUGCAGACCGCAAUGCCCGCCUGCCUGCAUGCCUGGAGCAGCAGCAAGUGGACGAGGGGGAAGCCACAGGUGGAGUUCAGGGGACUAAAAGAACCAGCGGUGGUGGAGGAGGGAGUGGGGUGGUGGCGGCAGAGGGAGGGUUGCCUGUGGAGCGCAGUCGGAGUGUGACAGACCCGCAGGGAGAUCACGGCAGUAUGAAGAAUGGCUUCAUCUUCUCCUUCCCAUCUCGGUUCAUCCUGGAAGGAGGAGCAUCGCUGGUGUGGCCCCUCUGGCUGCACCCUCUUGAUACAACCUCUCUGGACCUUGGCCUUGUUGUCUUCUUCGAACCUGCCCAUGCGAGUGGUGCUGCUGGAACUGCCUCUGCUGCUGCCACUUCUGUGGGCAGCAUUCUUGGGGGCGUGGGCCCUGGGAGUGGGGCAGAGGGCGGGUCGUUCCCUCCUCCUCUCCCCACGCACCACCACUCGCAUCAAUCCCACGGCCAUGGGCAUGGACAUGGGCAUCACUCACACCAUCGACCAUCGCAGCAUCAUCCGUCUCACCUCUCCUCGCACGCCCCCAUGACCUUUCGUACCUUGCGUCUGCGACAAACAAUCACGGUAACUGGUUCACUCUUUUCUUCUUCUCCAGCUGCCUCUUCUCCAGCUGCCUCUCCUCUCUCUGCCCUACCUCUUGCAUCUCCUCUUGAAAUCCACCCGUCCCUGCACGUGUCACUGCGCAUAGCUCCCAGCAACGCGGACAUCGCAUGCUACCUGCUCCGCAUGGACGUGGAGAAUCACAACCACAGCCGCACCUUCUGGCUGCGCCAGGUCUCCUGCCCAGGCUCCCACUGGCGCCUCGCUCCCCUGCAACCCGCCCAACCACGACAACCUUCCCUCACUUCUUCUGCUGCUGAUUCUGGUUCGUCGAAUCUGGACGGCCAGAGGCAGCAGCAACAGGAGAGCGAGCUGGAGGAUGAGGAGCAGCAGAUGAGUGGGGCGUUGCUAUCUGCAGCACUGGCUGCACCCCAGAUCCUGCCUCCUGGCCAAGGCACCUCACUCUUCUUCCACAUUCAGGAUUUCGCCUCGUCAGCCAAGAACGAGCGCGCGGACAGGGAGAGCUUCAAGAGUGAUGCGAGGAUGGGGGGGCAGGCGGAGCCUCUCAUUGACAUCCGCAGAGACCCCUUGCACGCCCUGCACCUCAGGGAACGAGUGUUCCAGGUGAAUCACGUGUUCCAGGCUCUCCCUCCCCCAGAUCCCGUCACCAACCCUGACGCCCCUCCUCCGAAGCAACCUCUGCACAUCUCUCUGCACCACUCCCGCUUCAACACCGCUCGCCCCAGCUCCGUUCCUCUCUCCCCCCGCGGCCAUUUCACCCCCAGCCGCCCACCUUCCUGGCCCACUCCCCCAGGAGGAGGGGGAGCGGGGGGGACGGGGAGCCCUGGGAUUGGCUCACGGCCCGUUUGGCGCUCAGGCAGUGGGGGAGGGGGAGGCACAGGGGGAGGGGGAAGUGUGCGUGGGCAAGGGGGUGAACUACUGGAUGUGGUACUUUUAUGGGAGUAUCAGGAGCAGGGGCCAGGGAAUGGGAGUGAUGGUAGGGCUGCUGCUGCUGGUGGGGUUGCCGGUUCCGCAUCUGGAUCAGAUGUGCCUUCCCUGGUUUUACCUAAAAGUGCGAUAAGUAGCAGCAGCAAGACAGCGUCUAGCGAAGAUGAUACUAACGCGAGCGACAGGAACGUGAAUAGGGUGUGCAUAGGGACGCAUCAUAUCUGUAAUUGCCAGGUAGGCCCAGCUUACGGUGUCUCCUCUGUUGCUGCUGCGACUGCAAGUGCUAGCACAAGUGCAGGAGGAGGAGGAGGGGGAACAGCUAGUGGGGCUGCUACAGGAGCAGCAGCUUCUGCAGGGAGCGGCUCAGCAGCAGACAAUGCUUCUGCCGCCAAUGCUGGUUCCACUGCUGCAUCUGCUGCUGUGCGAUGGAGAAUGGACGGGCCAUCUUAUCUCCAGCACGACUUCUCGUCCAACCCCACCUGCCCCGUCUCUCUCACGCUCCUCCUCCGAAACUGCUCCUCCUCCCCUGCCUCUGCUGCUGUCCACACGUUCGACCCGGCACUGCUGCCUGCUGUGGAAAAGAAUGUCAAUGCGUCCACUCUGGGCUCGAAUCUGCCUGAGAAAUCUGGCUUUUACUGCCCCAACAACUUGGAUGGCCAGGACGGCGGCACAGUAGCGACUCCUAGAAGCUUCGCAGGAGGUUUCUCAGGUGGAGGUGGUGUGCUGGGUGGUGAUGAGGUGGCGUGUGGCACAGCAGCGUGUGGACCGUACAUGUGGGCCGGCCAGACUGCCAUGCAAAUUCCCAAGCUUGCUCCAGGGGAGGAAACUAGUGUGAAGCUCACAGCACUGGUGUUCUCUCCUGGUGUGUACAAUUUCUGGAGUUACCGUGUUGCCUGGAGUGCUGAUGCCAGUGGAGGUGAAGCUGGAGGCAAGACAGGCCAAUCUGCGGCUGCCAAAGACAGCAGAGGCAAAGUUCCAGCGAAGGAAGCUGGCGGCAAGAAUUCGAGCAAGCGUGGCUCACACACGGAGUCUUCUAAGAGUUCAAGGGAGGAAGCUCAAGAAAUUGCUCAGAGGCUUGUGACAGGCUGUGGUAUGGGACACCCGUUUAUGGUGGUGGUAUUGCCAUGA